AUGCCAGUCAAAAUAUCAAAAGAUGUGAGAAUACCUGGUAUUGAUAAUAAUGAUAAAUUUGCAAAAUGGGUUGAUUCCAAAUGUCAAAGUAACUUAACAAUUGAUCAUAGUUUAUUAGGUGGAAUAGGAUUAUUUUAUGAAUCAACAGAAGAAGUGCAAGAUGAUGAAGAUCAAAUAAUUUUGAGAAUUCCUCCAACCUCAGUAUAUAACAUGGAUACACUACUUGAUUUACUAUCAGAAUUGAAAAAAAGGGAUAAACAACAUACCGAAGAUGCACCAAUUAUCGAAUCACAAUUAAUUAACAACCUUUUAAAAAUACUUCAACCUGAAUCAGAAACUAUUAUCAUAUUCUCAUAUUUAUUAGGAUUGAAGAUUUUACAAAAUUAUAGAAAUAGUCACAAAGGUAAUGUUGAUUAUUAUAUCAAUUCCCCCUCAGUAGAAUUUGAUACUUAUCUACAAAUAUUAUCCAAUACAUCGACAUAUUGUCCAUCUGAAGAAGAGGCUCAACAACAAGAACCAAAAAUAAAACACUUUAAUCAAUUAAAUCAAUUACUACAAAGUGAAUAUGAUGAAUUGAUGUCGGGAUUGUCAGAACUAUAUCCGGAUGUCAGGAUAAAAGAAUUAUUACCUUAUCAAACAUUUUUUCAAAUAUAUAGGGCUCUUACAUCAAGAACAUUAGAGAUACCUAAAGCCAUUCAAGAAGAAGGCGAUGAAGAUAACUUCACAACAAACAUUACAUUAGUUCCUAUUUUGGAUUAUGUAAACCAUAACAAUCCAAAUAAUGCAUAUUUUGAUAUAGAUAGAAAAACAAAUGAUAUUGUCUUAAAAUUGAAAAACAAUGAAAUACCCAGGGAUAAUACUAAAUUGGAGAUAACAAUUAGUUAUGACACAGAUGAUCAAACUGAUGAAUUUUUCAUUACUUAUGGAUUCACACCUGAUUCUUAG